AUUCAGUAUGAAGAAAAUGGUGAACAUGCAGUUUCUGCUUCGUCUGGUAGUUGGCCUGCUGAUUGUUGUGGUACUUUCUUUCAUGGGAGGAGCUCGACCUACCUUGGCUGGUCGAGCAAUUCUCCGUCGUGGUUUAAGGUCCCCUGACGAAGAACACCUUGUGCCGGCUGUCCGGAGCAAAUCUUUGAAAGCAAAGCAUGGAUGAGAGCGAGGAGAUGGUUCAUGGAAGUGGUAAUGGCGCGUCUGUUUUUUGUUUUUGUUUGGGUGUUCUUCUUUCUCUCGUCCUUAAAUUGCAGCUUAGCAGAUAUUCUUUUACGCCAGAG